UGCCGUAAAACCGGAAGAAAGUGGGAGGAGAAGAAGAGGGGAUUUGUCAACGCUUCUGUAACAUCUGCUGGCGGGAAACUUAGGUGCUGAAACGCAGCCAACGAAACAUAGCAUAGUUAAGUGUUACAAUGUCCCGCAUUGUUAACGGUAUUGUGGCGGUGUGUCCCGACCUGGGUAUUGGGAAGAAUGGAAACCUGCCCUGGCAUCCUGUUAGACUCAAUAACGAAUUCAAACAUUUCCGAAAGAUGACAGCGACUUCAUCUGCGAAAGGCAAGCAGAAUGUGGUGAUCAUGGGUAGGAAGACAUGGUUUUCCAUUCCAGAGAAGAACAGACCUUUGAACAACAGGAUCAACAUCGUCCUCAGCAGGGAGUACAAAGAGCCCCCUGCAGGAGCACACCACCUAGUGGGAGACUUCAGCUCAGCUCUUAGGCUCAUCGACACAGAGCUGGCAGACCAGGCUGACCAGGUCUGGGUUAUAGGGGGCAGCUCUCUCUACAAGGAGUUGAUGGAGAUCCCGGGGACCAGGAGACUUUUCGUCACACGAAUCAUGAAGCAGUUUGAGUGUGACACGUUCUUCCCUGAAAUCAGUCCAGACAAAUAUUGUCUACUGCCAGAGUUUCCAGAAGUGCCACAAGAGCUGCAGGAAGAGAGUGGUAUCCAGUAUAGAUUUGAAGUCUAUGAGAGCAUAGAGCAAUAAAGAGGGGAAAGAAAGAGAAAAACAAUUGUGAUUUUCUAAAUGGGCAACAGAACAAUGUAAAUGCUGUACUUUUAUUUUUUUUUAAUGUUAUUUGUACAGCUGGGUGGUGUUAUACCAGGUUGUAGUUGUUUUCUCUGACUUGAAAUAAACACUGAUUUCUGUUA